AUGACAUCUUUAAUUGAAGCUUUUAAUAAUUAUUAGUCAACUGAAAAAAUAUUUUAGAUUUCAAAUAAAGUAUCAGAGUUCGGUGAGGAAUAGUAAGUUGGUGAAAAAAAGGUUUAGCAUGGAAGCGAAGAAUCAAAGUCACAAAUAUUGCUUCUCAAGUUUUUAAAGCAUACCACUUGCAAAGCUAUAUACUCCUUGAGACCCAAAAUCUGCCUUGAUUGUUGGGAAAUAUUUGCUUUUAACAACAAUCCUAGUAAUGAUAAGCAAAAUGCUGAACCAAGUACUCAUGUUAGUCAAAAGCAUAGAUUGACAGAUGAAUUCUCAUAUAUGCUUGAAGCGAAUGAGACAGCUAUUUUAAAUAUGAAUAAAAAGAAUAAUAGAGCUGAAUCAGUAUAAAAUGGUCUGAAUUAAGCUUAAAAUGAAUUUCAAUUAUACAGAGCGAUCGGAUAAUUCAAAGAAACUUAUAAUAAAAAUAAUUGUGGUGGAACAGGUCCAGAUAAAGAUAAAGCAUCAGCCUUAGUUAAUAAAAAAUAAAUUGAUUAUCAGACAAUUGAAAAGUUAAAACAAAUUUAGGAAAAUGAGAGGAAAUAACUUAAAAAACAGAGAAAAAAUGAAAGAAAAAAGCAAAGAAGAAUUGAGAAAUCAGAAUAAAAGGAAAGUAAGAAGCAGACAAAAAGAAAAAGUAAAGAGCAAAAAAGAGGAUCCUAAUUGAGAACAGGACCUUUGCAAUUUAUUAAAGAAAAGAGUAAAUCCAGAAAGUCCAUUUGA